AUGUCUGCAUGGGCGUAUUUAAAAAAAAACGUGGAUUAUGGCCGCGAAUUGCUGGCCUGUAAUCGUGAAGGAAUCUUCGGCAAGGGUAUCGACUCCCACCACGUUCUUCCCGCCGGCCUUUAUUUCUCCGAUAGCCGGCUAUUAAUUGCGUUCGUCAUUAAAAUGCAGCAGCACGGUGUUUGCACAGGUGAUGUGCGGUGGAGCGAGGGAGGGGGAAGAGGGGGCGACAGUGCAUCCACCGUCUGGCCCGCAAGGGCACGAUGCAGCGCCCUUGCGCCGCCCGCGGCGACCCGUGCCCCGCGCGACCUCUGUGUCCUGCGGAUGAGUUACCCCACUACAUUGUUACCAAGUAGGCCGCAAAACUUUCAUGUACUAGAAAAGGGCGUGCACCAAUUCGGGCCGGGGUCGCGCCACACGGCGGAGGUAAGGGGUCAGGCCGAGGAGGGGGGGGGGGGGCGCUAUUUCGGCGGCCUUCCUGAAGAACCUUCAGGCCGACGCGACGGUCUGUCUAGACGUCUGGUAGCUACCAUGUGUCGUAACACU